GAAUGACCAGAAUGGAUGAGAAAUAAGCAGCUGUCAGAAGGAGAUGGAGGACUACACCGGAUUUGCAGUAGAAAUAAACGUGGCAUGAAACUGUCAUUUACCUCUAGCUGGUUCCAGCACUUUAAUGUCUUUUACAUACAGUCUGUGGUCCAGACCCAUAACGGAGAAUGUCCCGAGCGGCGGGCGCCCCCUGCUGGUCGCUGUGGCUCCCUACAGGCUUCAGAUGGAAGGAGACGUGUCUCAUUUCAGAGCAGCUUGGACGGAGUGAUGGAAGCACACAACACCGGUGGAAACGUGGGAGAGAAAGCAGACGUGGAGAUGGCAGGAUCUCCGUUUGAACCUUACAUUGAGUCCCUGCGGCAGCAGCUAGAAGAGCAGGACCCGGUCUUCCUGAUCGGAGUUAUCGUCGCUUUGGCGGUGGUUGUUAUCACCUGUGUCUUUCUGAAGUACUUCCUCACCAGUAAGACUGUGCGCACCUCCGUGCUGCUGGUGGGGCUGUGUGACUCGGGGAAAACCCUGCUCUUCAGCCGGCUGCUGUCUGGAAAGUUCAAGCGGACACAGACCUCCAUCACUGACAGCAGUGCUCCAUACAAAGCCAAAAAUGACAGGGGCAGCACCUGGACUCUCAUAGACCUGCCAGGCCACGACAGCCUCCGUCCUCAGUACCUGGAGAAGUUCAAGUCUGCGGCCAGAGCGAUUGUGUUUGUAGUGGACAGCGCGAUCUUCCAGAAGGAAGUGAGAGACGUGGCCGAGUUCCUGUAUGUGUUAUUGACGGACGCCGUGAUCACCAGAAACGCCCCGGCUCUCGUGGUGGCGUGCAACAAACAAGACAUCACCAUGGCAAAAUCCGCUAAACUGAUUCAGCAGCAGCUGGAAAAGGAGCUAAACACCUUGAGAGUGACUCGCUCGGCAGUUCUGAGCUCUCAGGACGGCUCCGUAGGCGGCAGCAUGUACCUGGGCAAAAAAGGCAAAGACUUUGAGUUCAGCCAGCUGCCCAUGAAGGUGGAGUUCGCGGAGUGCAGCGCCCGCGGGAGUAAGGGUGAAGACGGGGACGCAGACAUGGAGAUGCUGGAGAAGGCCCUGGCCAAACUGUAAACAUCAUCUGCUCAGUGCACACAUUGCCCUAAAGGCACAAACCUCUAAAAUGUGAGACCACGCCAACAUCGCCUGCACCUCUCAGUAAUCAGAGGGGUGAUGAGAAACACCUCACGCCUGUUAACUUUAUUUAAACCUGUUCUUGCAAGACAUGAAAGGAUUUUAACAGUGGAAGACAUCCAGGCAGAUUUAAUAGGCUAUUAGUAAGUGAUUGUGGAAACGAGUUUCUCUGCAGUGCUGUGAAGUGAUCCUGCUUACUCAGUGAAACUUCCACUUUAAAAAGCUUCCAUUUGAUUGAUUUAUGACGUGCAGUUUAAAAACUUUUUGUUAGACUAGAAGAAAUAUUGUCAAAGAUUUUACCACCAGUGGAUUUUUCUUAAGCUUUUCUCACGCAGUCUGAGCUGUAAGCUGCCUUGUUAAAUCAGACGGGCGUGAAUUUGCUCAGUCUCGUGCCUUUUCAUGUGUCGUUGUUGUGUUUUUCUUGUUUGUGGAAGAAUGAUGCUCCCUUCUUUGAAAGUGCUGCAUGAAUACAGAACAUUUGCAAUGAAUGUACUUUAAUGUUUUGUUGGCGUUAAGAGAGCAGAAUGCUGUUUGUAGUUCUCGGGUUUGGUUUGGAAACAAAAACUAAAAUUUUUGAUGCUUGAUGCUGAUGUGUGUGGUGUGUCAGUGAAAUACAGUCCAGGAAGAGGGAGCAGUCGUCUUCUUCUUUAGGGUCGCCAUGAGGGAUCCUCGGCCUCCAUAUCAAUAUAUCCCCAGCAUCCUACUCCUGUCACACCAACCAUGUCUUAACCUCUCGAAGUCUUCCAC